UACACAUACACAAGGAUGAUAGAAAGGGAAGACGUAAUGGAGUGCUCCCGAGCGUCCUUGCGAUGAAAAUCACUUUAGUAUUCGACAGUAUUCGCGGACGGGAGUUGCAAUGAAGGCGGGGGCCUCCUCCAUGUGGGCGUCAUGUUGUGGGCUGCUGAACGAGGUGAUGGGCACAGGGGCGGUCCGCACUCAGCAGCCGGGCUUUGGAGCCGGAGCCGGGCCGUUCCGCUUUGCCCCCAGCGCUGGUUACUCCACCUACCCACCCAGCAGCACCACCUCAGGGAGCGCAGGCCUGGCGUGCAAAGCCUGCGGACUGGCCUUCUCCGUAUUCAGACGAAAGCAUGUUUGCUCAGACUGCAAGAAGAGCUUCUGCUCGCUGUGUUCUGUGCUGCAGGAGAACCUGCGGCGCUGCGCCACCUGCCACCUGCUGUGGGGCACGGCCUUCCAGCGGCCCAGGUUAAUGCGGCUCCGCGUUAAAGACCUGCGGCAGUACCUCACGCUGCGAAACAUCAACACGGACACCUGCAGGGAGAAAGAGGACCUGGUGGACCUGGUGCUCUGCCAUCUGGGCGCCGAGCUGGAGAUGGGGGAGGAUGAUGAGGAGGAGGAAGAAGAGGAGGCGGAAGCGGACACGGACAGUCUGCCCUCACUUCUGCACUCUCUCUCCACGCCGCCCGCCUCCGCGGCACGAUCCUCCUCCCAGCAGUCGGCGCUGUCUGUAGCCGCGUCUCAGGGAGAGGCUCUCAGUCACAGUGAUAGCUCAGGGACAACCAAUCAGGACCAUGCAGAUGCUGCAUCAGUUUCCCUCCUCAACCUGGAGCCUCAUGACGACAUACUGGAGGCCAGCCCAGCGACGCAGAGACGUGCACGUGCCUCCCUCUCGGACCUGUCCCACGAGGAUGACAUCGAGAGCCUGACGGUGCGGCAGCUGAAAGAGAUUCUCGCUCGCAACUUCGUCAACUAUUCAGGCUGCUGUGAGAAAUGGGAGCUGGUGGAGCGCGUCCAUCGUCUCUACAGAGAGAACCAACUCAACAGAAGAUCGAUGGAAAAUGUUAGCAACAGCCUAGCUGCAGUCAUAGCUUACCCUCCUCCUAUAUGCAAUGGAGGUAUUGGAGAUGGUGUGCAAGUAGCUCUGCUGGGCGGCGUUGAUGAGAACCUGUGCCGUAUCUGCAUGGAUGCCGUGAUAGACUGCGUUCUGCUGGAGUGCGGUCACAUGGUCACCUGCACCAAGUGUGGCAAGAGGAUGAGCGAGUGCCCCAUCUGCAGGCAGUACGUGGUGCGGGCGGUGCACGUCUUCAAGUCUUAACGGGUGAGCAUCACCUCUACUGGAAGACCAACACACCAGAUGCUUCCUGCUUGACCGAGCAGGCUGGGGCCACGACUGGACCAAUGAACUGCCCCUUUAGAUUCAAAGUGGUGAAAACCAGUACUGCGCACACCUUCUUCACAGAGCGAGCAUUUCCUGCUGCCCAUUUUUAUUUGGUCAUUCAUUGACACGUUUGAAAUCGUUUCUGCGGUUAGGGAAGAAAGGGAUUUUAGAGGAAUAACGUAUAGAAAAUAUGAACGUUUAAGUGGUUUACAGUACAUUCCUGUAAACUUUUUGGAAAUGUCUCAUUAUAUGUGCAAUAUUAGAAAUCUUUAAGUGUGCGUGUAGAGAAACCGAUUGCCAUUAAGAUGCAUGUUGUCGUAGCAACAGUGAAAACCAUUGCCGUGAAGGGGGAAGGUACUGUAGGUGCCAAAGUAGAAAUGUGCAGAACGGCUUCUGGAUUGUUUUUACGUGCUAUAUUAUUAAUAAGCGUGUUGUUUUCAUGUAUUAAAUCGGCUAUUGCCAUACCACAAAUCAGCAUCCAUGACACCGGAUCAAAUGACCAGCUAGCAGAAGAGUUAUUUAUAGCAAGCUGAUAGAAACUGUAUUGUAUUUUUUCAGAGUCACUGGAAUCCAGCACCUGCCACUAUGUAGCUUAUUACUGGAACCUCAAUUAUUUUAUUUUUUUUAUCAAAUUUUGCAGAAUCUGCCGAACGUCGGGCGUGUGGUUGGUUUGUCUCCAUUGUGCUGUGUAUACAAGAUAAUUAAAGGUGUGCUAAGUCAUUUUCGAUUAAUUAAAAGUGUCAGAUAAUAGGGUGAUUACCAAGGUAAAGGAAGUUAGGCUGGUCAUGUGAUCUCAACAUUAUGGGAGGUUCACCUUUGUAGAUCAAAACCUUUUUUUGAGUCUCACAUGAGUGUUCAAUAUUAAAACAUUUGUCAAAAGCACUAUAGAAGUUGGUAAAAAUUUCGUAGUGCACCUUUAAAUCUUGGUUGGUUUUCUUAGCAAAAUAUUCCGUUUUCAUUGUUGGUCAAAAGUUUUGAUUUCAAUGUUCUUCAUCUCCAGCAAUACCAUGAAAGAUGUCUGGGGUUUUUUUUGGUGUGUUGUGUUGAUUUCACAAGCGGUGCUACAUGGAUUUAUGUAUCACAGUUCUCUAUUGCAUUCAUGAUUUUACUUACGUUUCUUUCCCUUUUUGUACGUAUUUAUAUUUUCUAGAUAACGAUAAGAUAAAGAGGAAAAUAAAUUGUUAUUUGAUUCCUCUGGAUGCCCUUUGUUGCUGUGAAUUCUGUAGUCAAAUUCAAGUUAUGAUGUCUGUGGUAUUGGCUAGACAAACAAAUAUAAAGGAAAAUUUAAUCAAACGUAUAUGAUUUUAUAUACAUGUGAAAAAAGACGUACACAAAGUAGGCUAUAUGGAUAGGCUAGAUUUUCCUCUGUUGUCCAGUUUUUCUUGCAUUUUCUUUUAAAUGUUUCUUCAGCGUUCCAGUUUUUUCCUUGAAUGUAAACAACAUUGAUUUAGUUGUUUAUCUUUUUAAUCGGUCACAAAUAAUACUACUACAGUAGAUUUGGUUACAUUCUGGUGUCACAACCAUGUAUUUCUAUAAUCAGACUGUUUUUCAUUUGCUUCUAGAACAUCUCCACACCCGUCUGCCCAACACUGACACUGUGCUUAUGUGUAUGUUUCUAAUGCUGCUAUCUCUAAAAGAUGUCACUUGGUAGUAGGCAACUACUCUAGCUGAGCAGACAACGGACACGAUUAGUCUAAACGACUUAAACUGAGCGCUGGAAGGCGAUUUGGGGUCUGGUCUUUGUAUUUUGGAAUGUUGAACUUUUUAUUUUGGUAAUUCAAAGAUGAUUUAUUAAAUUUAAUA